AUGUCACAGACUCUGCAAGGCUCCCAGACCUCGAAGUUUGUCAAAAAAUUGGCUUCAAAUGAUAGACCUACUAGGGAAGCUGCUUUCAAGUCAUUGAAAAAAUAUUUAUCAGCUAAGUCAUCGAGCCAGUUAAGCUUAUUAGAAUUGCAGAAAUUAUGGAAAGGUUUGUACUAUGCGAUGUGGUUUUGCGAUAGACCUGGACCCCAGCAGAGAUUGGCAGAAAGCUUAGGGGAAUUAUUCAGUAGUGUCAUUAGCAUAGAGUUGCAUGCCAGGUUUUUGGAAGCUUUCUGGGUCAUUAUAAUUAAUGAAUGGCCCCAUAUAGACCAGUGGAGGAUUGACAAGUACUACCUUUUAAUUAGGAGAGUUUUGAGACAUAAUUUUAUUCAACUUAAGUCAAGAGGUUGGGAUGAUAGGUAUGUUAAUGAAUUCUUGAAGACUUUAGAGAAAUUACCUUUAAGUGGGGAGAAGAGUGUAAGCGUUGCAUUACCUUAUCACCUUUGCGAUAUAUACAUUGAUGAAAUGGAAUUAGUUCUCUUUAAUGAACUUUCUGAAGAGACUGAAGAAAAUGAAGAUAACGAGGAAGAUGGCAAGAAUGUCUCGCAAAAGAAGAGAGAAAUUUUAGAUGAAACUCCUAUUAGCCUAUUGAUAUCUCCAUUCAUAAGCCUCAGCAAGAAAGCUUUAUUAAAAACUUUGAGAGAAAAAUGUAAGGAAGAUGUUAUAAAAGACAAGAGACUAAAAGAAUGGGGCAUCUUGGGCGAUGAAGAUGGAUCUAGUGACCUUCAAGGUGAAAGAAAUGAAGAACAUAAUGAAGGAGAGGAAUCUGACGAAGAAUGGACAGGUUUUAGUUAG